AUGGCCUCAGAGAGUCAGGAACCUAUAGAUGUACCUGUGGUCAUCAUUGGCGGUGGCGGGUGCGGUUUGAACCUCUCCAUCUUCCUUUCCGCCAGGGAGAUACCGCACAUCUUGUUCGAAAAGCACAGCGGCACCUCGAUUUUGCCAAAGGCACACUACCUCAACCAGAGGAGCCUGGAAAUCUUUCGCGUUCACGGCUACGCACACCGGAUUAGAGACGAGAGCGCCCCCAGCCGAUACAUCAGCCAGGUCACCUUUUCGACUUCCCUGGGGGGAAUGGGCCCUUAUGAUCGGAAGCUCUUGUAUGCCAGUCCGUCGUUUGGCGGUGACGAGGGCUCUGAUUUACUCCACAAGUACAUGCGGGUUGCUCCUGAAAGACCUGCGAACCUGCCUCUGGUGCAUUCAGAGCCUAUCUGGAGGGAAAUCGCAGAGGAGAGGAAUCCUGGCAAUAUCAGGUUCUCCCAUAGGGUCGUCGAUGUUAUCCCGCACGAUGACCAUGUGUUGGUGAUUGUUCAGCCUCCGGAGGGCCCACAGAUCACCUAUCGCGCGCAAUAUGUGGCCGCUGCAGAAGGCGGCAGGGGUAUUAUUGCCCCCAAGAUUGGCGCUGUUCUCGAAGGGCCGACAGAUAUCGCCGACGUCGUUUCAGUCCAUUUCGAGGCGGACCUGUCUCAGUACUGGGACGAGCGAACCUUGAUUGCAAACUUCAUCAACCCCGAAGGCGAGACGAUUCUUGGAAGUGGAACGGUCGUGUGCAUGGGUCCCACGUUCGGCCGCUACUCCGAGAACUGGACAGUUCAUUUCGGCUUCCGGGUUGAUGACCCAGCGCGAUUUUCAGAGGCACAGGAACAUCUGCUCGUACCGAGAAUCCGAGAGCUGCUCAAGAUACCCGACCUAGAAAUCAAGAUAUGCGCUGUUAGCCACUGGGUGCUGGAGCGUGUUUUGGCCAACAAAUACAGAGAAGGGAGGAUAUUUAUUGCUGGCGACGCAGCACAUCGACGACCACCGACUACCGGGCUGGGCCUCAACACAUCUAUCGAAGAUGCAUUCAAUCUCUCCUGGAAGCUUGCGCAAGUCAUCAAAGGAACAGCAUCACCUAAGCUGCUGGACACCUAUGAGCAAGAAAGACGUCUCGUUGGCAAGCGUAAUUGCGAUUGGGGGUUGAUGACAUUUUCAAACCAAGCGAUGGUUGCCGCAGCCGUUGGCUUCAUUCCUGGACAAACAGAAGUCAAUCGCGCGCGCAUGGAAGCUUUGCUCGAAGAGUCUGACAUUGGAGAAACGUUCCGUGCUCAGCUCAGAUAUCUGAUCAAGAGUCAAAUGGUUGAGUACUCUGCGCUGGACCUCGAACUGGGAUUCAGCUAUUGGCGAGGUGGCGUAUUGGUCUCAGACAACACCGAGAGACCUCCAGUUGACCCUCUCGGCCAAACAUAUAUCCAGACAAGUAGGCCUGGCCAUCGACUCCCUCACGUCUGGCUAGAGGAGCGGGAUGACCGUGCCCAGCGCGUUCUGUCAACGCAUGAUUUGAUAAAGAGAACGGACGACUACCUGCUCAUCACUGACCAAUAUGGGUCUGCCUGGAUCGAGGCCGUUCAGGGAGUCGUCGGGGAGUUGAGGGUCAAGGUCAGUAUUGCUCAGAUUGGCCCACUGGCCUCGGGACUCAGACCAUGCCCAUAUGUCGACCGAGACGACCGUUGGCCGACUGAGUCUCAACUCCGCAGGGGAGGGGCGCUUCUGGUGCGCCCAGAUAACUUUGUAGCCUGGCGGCAACUGGACGGUAGUGUGCGCAACGGCGUCGAGGUGGUUGAGGCACUCAAGAUCUUGCUCGGCGACACUGUGGGACAGGACAUUCCGAUCGACCCUUACGAUCCCAAUGGUUUCAUGUCGCAACGAGCAAAGGCCGGGUUGAGCAACGGCGUGAAGAAUGGGGAGGAUGCCAUCACGGCCAGUGCGACAAAUCGAGUCAAGCUCAAUCGAGCUGCCGUCGCUGGAUCUCGAGCAGGACAAUUUACGCGAAGCGAAAGCACUGAAGACUAG